AUGGAUGCUUCCAAACGCUUGCAACCAAAUUUAGGUGAUGGAAAUGAAGACGUUGAAGACAGAAACAUUCCUAGAGGCCUAAGCAAUGGCACAACAGAAACCAAGGAAGCUAAAAAAGCAAGGUGGACAAGAAGGUGCAAACUGGAGAGUGCACAAGCUUGUUUUAUAUUCUGCCUGUGGCAUAGCAGCGGAAUAGUUGGCGGUUUGCUGAGUUUAGGUGGAGGAUUCAUUAUGGGUCCACUGUUUCUGGAGAUUGGGAUCCUUCCUCAGUAUUUGUUCUCGUCGCAUUCACUUCUUAUUAGUUCCAUCCCUCAGACUCUCUACUUUGCUGCUGCGACAAUUCUUUUUGCCGUCAUGGGGCAAAAUUUUGGAGGAAAGGUGAUCAAAAGCCUUAGGAAGAACAUACUUGAUCAUCUUCAUUCUGGCUUUCACAACACUUGGGAGUACAGUUUCCUUAGAGUUGGCAUAGCAAACAUGGUUAAGCAAAUUGAGCACAAGGAGUACAUUGGGUUUGAGAGAAAGUGCAGCAAAGGAUCCUAA